CUAUUUAUGAAGCUUCUGCCCAGCUUGCAUUGUUUAUAAGAGAACCUUCAUCAUACCUUUAUCUGUACCAAGCCUUCCCUUAGGUAUUAAGGAUCCCCAGAUUUUAUUUUUGACAUCGGCUUUGGUGGAACAGCAAUCAUGACUGUGGGCAAGAGUAGCAAGAUGCUGCAGCACAUUGACUAUAGAAUGAGAUGUAUCCUGCAAGACGGCCGAAUCUUCAUUGGCACCUUUAAGGCUUUUGACAAGCAUAUGAAUUUGAUCCUCUGUGAUUGUGAUGAGUUCAGGAAAAUCAAGCCAAAGAAUGCAAAGCAGCCAGAGCGUGAAGAAAAGCGGGUUUUAGGUCUGGUGUUGCUGCGUGGGGAGAACUUGGUAUCCAUGACUGUGGAGGGACCACCCCCUAAAGAUACUGGUAUUGCUCGGGUGCCACUUGCUGGAGCUGCAGGAGGUCCUGGGGUUGGGAGGGCAGCUGGCAGAGGAGUACCAGCUGGUGUACCAAUUCCCCAGGCUCCUGCUGGAUUAGCAGGCCCUGUCAGAGGAGUUGGAGGUCCAUCCCAGCAGGUAAUGACUCCACAAGGAAGAGGUACUGUAGCAGCUGCUGCUGUUGCUGCUACUGCCAGCAUUGCUGGAGCCCCAACACAGUACCCACCAGGACGGGGGACUCCACCCCCACCUGUAGGCAGAGCAACCCCACCACCAGGUAUCAUGGCUCCCCCACCUGGUAUGAGACCACCUAUGGGCCCACCAAUUGGGCUUCCCCCUGCUCGAGGGACGCCAAUAGGCAUGCCUCCUCCUGGAAUGAGGCCCCCACCACCAGGAAUUAGAGGUCCACCUCCCCCAGGAAUGCGUCCACCAAGACCCUAAAAUACUGUUGAUUCAUCUAAGUCACCUUUAUCCCUGCUCUGCGUCUUGUGAAUUGUGUAGAUUGUUUGUGAGCUUUUUGUCCCCUUUCUGCAUUAAUAAUAGACAAUAAAUGCAUAGAGCAAUUAAACCAUGA